AUGGAGGCCAGAGUGGGCGUCCGUGCGCCGCCGCGUGGCCGUGCCUGGGCCGGCCUCGAAAAGCCGCACGGCGCUUACUGCGUCAGAGUCCUGCCCGUGAGCCUCACGGCGGAGAGACUGCCGCCGCGGAGGCUGGUGCUGGGCGCCGAUCCGUGGAGGACCGCGGAUCCUGCCCUCCGUCCCGCAAAGCUGAGAGCUUCGUGCUCCGCGAAAUCGGCAGGAACAGGAAAGGUCCACUACUCUGCUGACGAGGCUCUCGUACUACAGCAAAAAGCCCAGGAUGUUCUCCCUUACUUGGAUGGCCGAUGCGUUUAUCUUGUUGGAAUGAUGGGUUCAGGCAAAACUACAGUUGGGAAGAUAUUAGCCGAAGUAUUAGGUUAUUCAUUCUUCGACAGUGAUAAGUUGGUAGAGAAGGCUGUUGGUAUAUCAUCUGUUGCUGAGAUCUUUCAGCUCCAUAGCGAAGCAUUCUUCAGAGAUAAUGAGAGUGAGGUCCUGAGGGAUCUGUCAUCAAUGCAUCGGUUGGUUGUUGCAACCGGAGGUGGUGCAGUGAUCCGACCAAUCAAUUGGAGUUACAUGAAGAAAGGGCUGACUGUGUGGUUAGAUGUUCCACUGGAUGCACUUGCAAGAAGAAUUGCUGCUGUAGGAACAGCAUCUCGACCACUCUUGCAUCAGGAAUCUGGUGACCCUUAUGCAAAGGCUUAUGCGAAACUUACAUCACUUUUUGAGCAAAGAAUGGACUCGUAUGCUAAUGCUGAUGCCAGAGUUUCACUUGAACAUAUUGCAUUAAAACAAGGCCAUAAUGAUGUCACUAUACUUACACCUAGUGCCAUCGCCAUUGAGGCAUUGCUAAAGAUGGAAAGUUUUCUUACCGAGAAGACCAUGCCCGAGAUAAAAUACGAUUGGUUAAAUCCGCUGGCAGAAGAAGCAACUGCUGUUGGGACUCCGGUGGAAGCUUCGAUGGAGAAGGGUAUACACAAGUGA